AUGAACGCGAUAGUGAGGCGAACGUCCAAUUUCUUAAGGUGGUUGCUGAGUCAAGGAGUUAGCUUAGUGAGUCGAGGAGAACAUCAAGUACGACAGUGUAGGGGGAUCAGAGUGAAGGUAAGAAAUGGAAACUUGGAGCAAGCAUUAAGAAUAGCAGUUGCAUUCAUAGUGAGCUCGUGGGUCAUUCCCAUAUCAAUUCUCGUCAAUCGAAUUGUACCUGAACCAUACAUGGAUGAGAUUUUCCAUAUUCCUCAGGCUCAACAAUAUUGCAAAGCCAAUUUUUCAAGUUGGGACCCCAUGAUCACUACUCCACCUGGCCUGUACUAUCUUUCACUUGCCCAUGUUGCUUCUUUGUUUCCAGGCAUGUUUUUCAUACGAGGGGUGUCAUUGUUCUCUGAAUUGUGCUCCACUCCAAUUCUUCGCUCUGUGAAUGGUGUAUUGGCAAUAUUAUGUAGUGUUGUUGUAUAUGAGAUCAUCAACCUCCUGAGACCAAAUCUUGAUGAAAGAAAAGCAACAUUUUUUGCUGUGGUUUUGGCGCUGUACCCGCUCCAUUGGUUCUUCACGUUCCUUUAUUAUACAGAUGUUGCAUCACUUACUACAGUUCUUGCUAUGUAUCUUGCAUGCUUGAAGAAGAAAUACCACUUAAGUGCAUUGCUUGGAGCCUUUGCAGUUUUCAUUCGACAGACGAAUAUCAUCUGGAUGCUUUUCGUUGCAUGCAAUGGAGUCAUGGAUAUUACUUUGACCCAUCAAAGAGAGAUUGUGAAAGUAGACAACUUAAAUACCUCAGGCAAGAAAACUGACCAUUCAGUCCCCAACAGUCAUAUCAUAGUAGGUUCAAACAUGAGAAGACGAAAGCCCAAUGGUGCUGUGGAUAACAGCAAAAGUUCCAGGACGAGUACACACACCUAUUCAACAAGCCAUUCAUCAGGUUUUCUUGAUGAAAUUAAGGCAAUCUGUUUGACAUCAUGGCAGAUGAAGUCAAAACUUUUAUUCUCCUUUAGCCCCUUCUUUUUAGUAUUGGUGACCUUUGUUGCUUUUGUCCAUUGGAACGGGAGUGUAGUUCUUGGUGCAAAAGAAGCUCAUGUGGUUUCUCCACAUUUUGCACAGUUACUGUAUUUCAGUCUGGUUUCUUCUCUGGCAUUGGCUCCUCUGCAUUUCUCUUUAGAUCAAGUAGUGCAUCUGUUUCGGUCAUUCUGGAAGAAAAGGGCCCUUUGUUUUUUUCAAUGGACAGUGGCUCUUGCUGCCAGCACGCUCUUUGUGCAUUCUUACAGCAUAGCUCAUGCCUAUCUCCUUGCUGACAAUCGGCAUUAUACCUUUUAUCUUUGGCGGAAGGUCAUUCAAUCUCAUUGGUCAACCAAGUACCUUCUUGUCCCACUUUAUGUCUAUUCAUGGUUUUCCAUCUUCGGAGCAUUGGCUAGACCAAAAAUCUGGGUAUUGGCAUAUUUCUUGGCUACAGCUGCAGUUCUAGUUCCUGCUCCGGUUAUUGAGUUCAGAUACUAUACCAUACCAUUCUACUUCUUGAUACUUCACUCCCAUGCGGUUGAUAUUCAAAGUUCGGUCCUCAUCGGACUUGGAUACGUGGUAACCAAUGUGCUCACAAUGUUUAUGUUCUUGUUUAGGCCAUUUUAUUGGAGCCAUGAGCCUGGGACACAGAGGCAAAGGGAAGGAGAAAUGGGAAAUGUUGUUGGCGUUUUGUUAUUAUGGUGGAGAAAGUUGGGGAAGAAGUACUGGGGAAUUGCAGCUGUCGCUUUUUCCAUCAUCCUCUUCACUCUCACCUACGUGUUCGAUUCUAGGACAGACCACCACUCUUCCUUCACCCGACCAUUAGAUCUGACGACAGACAAUCUGGUCGGCCUGACCUUGCUCCGCAACGCCAAAGAUAGAGGCGCCCUUUGUUUAGAUGGGAGUUUGCCUGGUUAUGAUUUCCAAAAAGGAUUUGGAUCGGGCUCUAACAGUUGGAUUCUUCACAUUGAGGGUGGAGGGUGGUGCAAUACGAUAGCAUCAUGUUUGCAGCGAAAAUCAACAGCAUUAGGAUCCUCCAACUACAUGGAACGCCAAAUUCGCUUUUCUGGAAUAUUAAGUCAUCAUCCCUCUCAAAAUCCUGAUUUCUUUAACUGGAAUAAAGUCAAGAUACGUUACUGUGAUGGCGCAUCUUUUGCUGGCCAUCCACAAACUGAGUUUAAGAAUGGUACCACACUUCUAUUCAGAGGCCACCUCAUCUGGGAAGCACUUAUGGAUGAACUGUUGUCUAUCGGGUUAUCCAAUGCCAAACAGGCUCUUCUUUCAGGCUGCUCUGCUGGUGGAUUAGCAACUCUUAUUCAUUGUGAUGACUUUCGAGAACUUUUGCCGAAGGAUGCAACUGUCAAAUGUCUUGCUGAUGCAGGUUUUUUCCUUGAUGAGAAAGAUGUUCUUGGAAAUGACACCAUGAGAUCUUUCUAUCGCGAUGUCGUCCAGCUUCAGGUAGCCUAA